AUGGCUGUCGGCAAGAACAAGCGUAUUUCCAAGGGGAAGAAGGGAGGCAAGAAAAAGGCCCAGGAUCCCUUCGCGAAGAAGGACUGGUACUCCGUGAAGGCGCCCUCCAUGUUCGCCACCAGGAAUGUCGGCCAGACCCUGGUUACCCGCACGCAGGGUACCAAGAUUGCCUCCGACGGGCUGAAGGGGCGCGUGUUCGAGGUGUCGCUGGCGGACCUGCAGGUGGACGACGAGCAGUCGUUCCGCAAGAUGCGCCUCCGCGCCGAGGACGUGCAGGGCCGCAACGUCCUCACCAACUUCUGGGGCAUGGACCUGACGACUGACAAGCUGCGGUCGCUGGUGCGCAAGUGGCAGACGCUGAUCGAGUGCCACGUGGACGUGAAGACCACCGACAACUACACGCUGCGCCUGUUCGCCAUCGCGUUCACCAAGCGCCGCCAGAACCAGAUCAAGAAGACCAGCUACGCGCAGAGCAGCCAAAUCCGACAGAUUCGGAGGAAGAUGCGCGAGAUCAUAGUGAAGGAGGCGUCGUCGUGCGACCUCAAGGAGCUGGUGGCGAAGUUCAUCCCCGAGAGCAUCGGCAAGGAGAUCGAAAAGGCGUGCUUCGGCAUCUACCCCCUGCAGAACACGCUCAUCCGCAAGGUCAAAAUCCUCAAGGCGCCCAAGUUCGACCUCGGCAAACUCAUGGAGGUGCAUGGCGACUACAGCGGCGAGGAGACGGGCACCAAGUUGGAGCGGCCAGCAGAGGAGAGUGAGGCGCCCGCUGCUGAGGGCAUGGAGGCUGAGGCCACGGCACACUGCUUUCUGCAUGCUUCUCUGCCGUCUUGCCAUCGCUCUUUGUCGUCUCCUUGUGACGACCUCUGCCCUUCUCCCCGCUCCUCUCCCCACCCCUUCCCUUCUCCCCACCCCUUCUCCCCACCCCUUCUCCCCACCCCUCUCCCCUCCCCUUCUCCCCUCCCCUUCUCCCCACCCCUCUCCCCCCCCUUCUCCCCUCCCCUUCUCCCCACCCCUCUCCCUCCCCUUCUCCCCUCCCCUCCCCUCUCCCCACCGCUUCUCCCCACCCCCCUCCCCACUUCUCGCCACGUGGCAGGCACGGGCAGUGGGCUCACGGAGUGGCAGCAGCAGCUGCAGCGAGUGCUGCCGCCGCGCGCCCUGCAGGGCCUGCGCACAGCGCUGCUGCUCGUGCCCUCGCGCGCCCAGCAGCACGCCGCGGAGAAGGCGUGGACGAGGGCGAAGCGGCAGCAGGCAGGGCAGCAGCAGCAGCAGCAGCAGCAGCAGGGGGCAGCAGCCCCUGUGGGGGCCGUGCGGAUUGCCAUGGCAGGCCGCCCCGGUCCCUCCGGUGUCUCGUCCGAGGGUCAGCUCGUGCUGCUCUCCGCUGUCUGCGCGCCCCCAUCCGCGCCCCCAUCCGCGCCCACCCGCCCACGUGCCCGUGAUGCCCUCUGGCCUCCCUCCAGUCCGUCCGUGUUCAUGAAUGCUGGUAUCGUCUCGCGGUUGCUGGCUCUGUCACUCUCUGCUGAGCUCUCAAACCGUAAUCCAUCCCCCCAUCACAGGAUCCACACUGCUCUCUCAACCCCGGCACGGGUCCUCAUCAUCUUGGGCCACGAGCGCACCCUCUCAUCCAGCAGUGCCACGUGGCGCCAUGUCAUUGGCCACACCAAGCCCCACGGCAGGUUCUUUGAGGCGGAGCAAGCGGACGGGGCACUGAGGAGGGCGGUGCGGGCGAGGCGGGCAGCAGUGGAGGAGAUGGCGCAGAUGCUGGGGGAGGCUAGAGGAAUUGCGUCUGGGGGGCCUGUGGGAAGCGUCUCAGCUGAGGGGCGGUGGGGUUUGCUGCGUGGGGAAGGUUGGGGCACUGAGGAGGGCUUUUCAAUGACCCCCGUGACUCCUCCUCCUAAGAGCAUUUCUCGUUCCACCACUGCUCCCCAUACUCCUGGAUGCACUUUUCACCGUCUUCCCUGCACAGAUUCUCCCAACUAA